UCUAAUUACUGAAGGAAGAGGAAUACAGCUGCUGUAGCUCCUAUAUGCAUUUUGCAUUAAUAUUUUCCGCAUGUUUUGAAAGCAAUUAAAACGUGUUGCUUAAUUGGAUUAGCCCACCUGAGAGCCCCGACUGGAGAGAACAGAUAGAGAUCCUCUCCUCUCCAGCAGCAUCAGUGGACCAUGGACAGCGAGGGUAGAAAAGUUGUUGUCUGUGACAAUGGCACAGGGUUUGUCAAGUGUGGCUUUGCUGGCUCCAACUUCCCAGAGCAUAUCUUCCCUGCCUUGGUGGGUCGGCCCAUCAUCCGGUCAAACACCAAAGUCGGAAACAUCGAGAUUAAGGACCUGAUGGUGGGUGAUGAGGCCAGUGAGUGUCGCUCCAUGCUAGAGGUGUCCUACCCCAUGGACAACGGCAUGGUGCGCUCCUGGGAAGACAUGCUCCAUCUGUGGGACCACACCUUUGGCCCCGAGCGCCUCGACAUCAGUCCCCCAGACUGCAAGGUGCUGCUGACGGAACCGCCCAUGAACCCCACUAAGAACCGUGAGAAGAUCGCUGAGGUCAUGUUUGAGACCUACCAGUUCCACGGCAUCUACGUCGCCAUCCAGGCCGUGCUCACACUCUAUGCCCAGGGUUUGUUGACAGGCGUGGUUGUGGAUUCGGGGGACGGGGUGACCCAUAUAUGUCCUGUGUAUGAGGGCUACUCUCUACCCCACCUCACACGCAGGCUGGACAUCGCAGGACGUGACAUCACGCGCUACCUCAUCAAGUUGCUGUUGCUGCGUGGCUAUGCCUUCAACCACUCGGCUGACUUUGAGACGGUCCGCAUGCUGAAGGAGAAGCUGUGCUACGUGGGAUACAACAUCGAGCAGGAGCAGAGACUGGCUACAGAGACCACCGUGCUGGUGGAGUCAUACAUGCUACCUGACGGUCGUCAGGUGAUGGUGGGAGGGGAGCGGUUCGGAGCCCCAGAGGCCCUCUUCCAGCCCCACCUCAUCAACGUAGAGGGAGCAGGCGUGGCUGAACUGCUGUUCAACACCAUCCAGGCUGCUGACAUAGAUCUCAGGUCUGACUUGUACAAGCACAUUGUUCUGUCAGGAGGCACCACCAUGUACCCCGGCCUUCCCUCCAGACUGGAGAGAGAGAUCAAACAGCUGUACCUGGAGAAGGUGCUGCAGGGGGACACUGAGAAACUCUCUAAGUUUAAGAUCCGCAUUGAGGACCCCCCAAGCCGUAAACACAUGGUGUUCAUGGGUGGAGCGGUGCUGGCCAACAUCAUGAAGGACAAGGAGUCCUUCUGGCUGAGCCGGGCUGACUACCUGGAGAAAGGCCUGAGAGUUCUGGACAAACUGGGGUGUGGUGUGAGGUAGAGGUGAAAUAGAGGUGGUUAGCUAGGAUCACACAUGCGCACACACACACACACACAGAGAUAAAGUCUGGGGGUGCUGGACAAUCUGGGGCGCAGCAAUAGAUAGAAGUCUGGGAGUCCUGGGUCGUAUUCACUAAACUCUAAAAAAUGAUGGGCUAGGACUCCCGAGUGGCGCAGCGAUCUAAGGGGUCACUACAGACCUGGAUUUGAUCCCAGGCUGUGUCACAGC